CCUGGGCAGAUGCGCACAGACACCUCGCAUGCCGCCACGCCAGUCCUUCCCUGGUGCCAGCUGAAGUGACAGCCAGUCCAGCAGAAUGCCCCGGGCAUCGCUGCUGACACGGCCACCAUGGGGCCGGCCUGGUGUGAAGGCGGUGGUCACCGCUGGGCUGUUUGCAACCUUCCUCUGGAACCUGAGAUGCUUCCUCAACCCCGGCAAGUUCUCCAGAGAAGCCCCCAAGCACACUGAGCCGCUUGUGGUCCUGGUGUGGGAAUGGCCCUCGAGGCAGGCCCCCAAUGUCAGCGGGGACGUCUGUCGUGAGCUGUACGGCAUCGCAGGCUGCUGGCUCACCACGGAGCAGCGGCUGCUGGGCCGGGCAGAUGUGGUGGUGUUCCCCCACACCAGGCUCCAGCCUGGCACGGACAGGCUGCCCAAGGAGAAGCCGCCAGGGCAGCACUGGGUGUGGGUCUCCCUGGAGUCCCCCUCCAAUACUAAAGCUCUAGAGAGGUGGAACCAGACCUUCAACUGGGUGAUGACCUACAGACGGGACUCGGACAUCUUCAUCCCCUAUGGCAAGCUUGUGUCCAACCAGUCAGCCACUGUGAACAUCCCUGAAAAGACCAACUUGGUGUCCUGGGUUAUCAGCAACUACCACAGGGCUCAGAAAAGAGCUGAAGUCUACAAAAACCUCUCCAGAUACCUCCAUGUGAACAUAUACGGGAAAGCAAACAAAAAGCCACUUUGCAAGGACUGCCUCUUGCCAACAACAUCCAAGUCCAAGUUCUACCUGGCCUUUGAGAACUCCAUCCACAAGGACUACAUCACUGAGAAGCUCUGGAGGAACUCGCUGAUGGCUGGCACUGUGCCCGUGGUGCUGGGGCCUCCCCGGGCCAACUAUGAGCAGUUCAUUCCUGCAGACUCAUUCAUUCACGUCGAUGACUUUGGUUCCCUGGCAGAGCUGGCCACCUUCCUGAAGACCAUGAACUCCAGCCGCUACCAGCAGUUCUUUGCCUGGCAGAAGAGGUACAGCGUGAAGCUCUACACCGACUGGAGGGAGCGAAUCUGCACCAUCUGCAUGGCCUAUCCCAGCCUGCCUCAUGGCCAUGUCUAUCCCAACCUGGAAAGAUGGUUCAACACCUAGUAUGGGGUGGUAUGUGCGGGGACCAUUGGGCAGAGGAUGCAGGGGUGGGGAGAGCGUGGGGCACCCUCCUACAGACCAGAACAUGGAGCAGAGGGGGAUAUGGGAGCCCCAACCUCUCCUCCCAGACUGGCUGUUGCCACACUGAGACCUUGAGCAACUUUGUGUGACUUCAUUUCCUGCAAAAUGGGACUAACAUCACCCCCCCUCAAAGACCCAUCACUGACCUACUUCACCAGGGUGCUGACAG